AUAAUAGUGUAGGUAUAUGCUAAUUGCUAGCUCCCAAAAAUCUCAUAGAUUUUCUCUUUUAAACUUUCGGACUAAUUGGAACCACAAUUUCGAUAAAAUAAGAAAGAAAUAUAACGUUUGUAUUGCGCAUUUAGAUUAUUUUUGAUAGGGCCAGUUAUCGUUGGCAAAAAUAGCGAAGAGGUUUAGUGCGGUUCUGCGCAAUUACAGUUGGAUGUAGAAGCUGUGAAAUUCAUACAUAGUUUCAACGUUUAUAGGUUUAUGUCCGUUGCGCGUGUCUCCAAUGGAAGUGCCCUUGUCUGAGUGAUACAUACCUACGAAGUUUUACAAUAGGUACCUACUCAUUAAGUAAUUCAUCUAAUAGGCUAAUUUUUAUAUUCCUAAGGUUACUCGUCCAAAUAGAGUAACUUAGAUUCAAUGCAAAUCAGCCAUGCGAUGAGCCCCAGUAACGUUGCAGUAGGCAUUAAUUGAAUGACAAUUUCAGAAAUUAUCGAAGUAACACGUGAGUUACGAAUAUAACACCUUGGAAGUUACCUUUAUUCGUAGUUUCCUGCGUUGCAGUGACGUCCACGUCGACGCAUGAAUGAUGAAAAAUAAAAACAUCAAAGAUUCACAUUUACGCAGUUGAGCUAGCGCAUUUUUAAUGUGAUUACAGUCAACAGCUCGAGUUGGUGAAUCAGAUCAGAGUACCUUGAAUCGUGAAAAUUUUCUUUUUUUGGAAAAAUGUCAUCAAAAGAAAAAAAGUCCAGAAAAUUCCCUGAUGAUGAAGAAACAAAGCGAUCAGGUCGUAAUAAAAAACAGAAAACUUGCGAACCUGAACAGGAUUCGACAACAAAACAACCAGUACCAAGCUGCAGUUCAGCCACUAUUGAUGACGAAGAAAAUGCCUCAUCAACAGAAGUAACAGUGACUGAAGACCUCAAAUCAGAACUAGAAGAAACUGAAAAAUAUAAAACUGCAAGGUUAAAAAAUCUUCUUCAUGGUAUUGAUUAUCAAUUAAAGUUAUUAAUUUACUUUAUACAGCGUGGCCUUAAGCAGUAUACUUUUGCUUUAGCAACAGAAAUGGCUGAUGCAGCAAAUUUUGAUGAUUUGGUUUUUAGAUACAGAAAAAACGGCGAAUGGGUAUAUCGAUUUUUGCAAGCCAAACAUAUACGUGAUAUUAAUAAAAAAAAGAUCACUGAUACUGAUUUACUCUGCGAUGUCCAAGGAAAUAACAAUUUUGGCCUAAAAAAAUACUUUGAAUCUUUUCGCAAAAUAAAAACACAUGAGACGUUUAAGAAUGGCAAGUUUGAGGAUUUCAUAAUUUGUACAAAUAUUGGUGUAGAGAACAAUGAUUAUUUCAAGUCAGUAGAAGAAAUUGAUGAAAUAUUAAAUUUCAAGAAGACAAAUGCUAAACUGCUGAAAUUUGAUUUUACAAAAUUCCCUGAAAAAGAAAAAUUGAAAUCUAUACUAGUGAACUCAGCACAUGACGUUCUAGAAGAUGAAAUGACAGAUUUUUUUGAUAAGUUGGUAUUUGCCGUUGAUAUGCCUAAUGAAGAAAGACUUGGUAAAAUCAUUGCAAAAAAUAUGAGUCGAGAAUUCAACUUGAAGGACAGUGCACUAGUCGCAAAUGACCUUUACAUACGUGUAUUAAAUUGGAUGAAAUCAAAAGAAGGGUACUUUUUUAAAAAUCAACGUGGAGAAACAUGUUUUGAAAAAAUUAAGCUAAGUAUCUGCAAGUUGAAAGUGAAUGGUAUCACUUAUGAAUACUGUGAGAAAAUAAAAAAAUAUGGUAUGGAAUUCGAAAACAUUGCUUCAAAAUUAAGCAAUUUCUUGAAUGGCACAGAACGAAUUUUCAUACUUAUUAGUCCAUGCAGUACCACCAGAUUAAGUGCAAUCAAAGUAAUCCAAGCAUUAAAAGGUAUGAGCGAGUACAAGGCUAACGACAGCUUCAUUUCUAUGUAUUUGAGCUCUGUGUGGAGUACAUUAGAUCUGGUUAAAAGUACAUUUGAGUCUGAAGGAACACAUAAUCUUUUAGUGGUUGAAUGUGAAGAUGAAAUUAAAUAUGAUAAAGAGAUGUUAUUUAAAACACUAUCUUCUGUAGUAGAAAACAGUAGUGAAAAAAAACUUAUUUUCAUUACUCAUGAUAAUGAUCCCUUGGCUAAGGAAUUUGAAAAUAAUUUGACUGAAAAUGUUAAGUGGAGCAAGGAAACAGAUGAGAAAAAUAGCUUGACUGAUCUGAAACAGAGCUCACUAGAGAAACUUUGGAUGCAAGAAAUUUUUGAAUUUCAAGGAGAAAAGUGUGUAAGUUUGAAAGCAUUGUCACUUGGUGAAAAAUCAGAAUAUUCAUUACAGAAAGCACUCGAAGGAGAUCUUUUAUUCAGUUUGAUUGAAGGUAGUAAGAAUAUUAAGAUAGGUAAAGCUCCUAAAGAUUUAAAGUAUGAUACAGCUAAAGAUUAUUUCAUCGACCGAACAUUUUCCAGAUAUGAAUACAUUGAUGAAAAAAUUGAUCUUGAAACCUCUAAAUUCUGUGUAAUUUCCCGGGAGCAGGACAAUAUUGACUCGAAUCCUCAGGAGAAUCAAGACAUAAUAGUAAUUUCUGACACAGAUGAAAAGUUUAACCUAUGCUGUGGUAGGUAUGCCAACAAAAACAUUCACUGGCUGAAGCAGAAUGGAAAUAAUUAUAUAUGGCAACAGUCCAACGGAAGUGUAUCAGAAUUACUUAAAUUCAUGGACUUGGGAAAUAUCAGAAAAUCAGAACCAAAUAACAUAAUGGCUGUACCUGAUAAAGUGGUGCUUAUUGUUGCUGAACCUGGAAUGGGGAAAUCAGUUAUCUUAUCACAUUUAGCAAUAAAUACACCAUUUGUCUUAAGUCGUUCGUGGAUUGUGAGGUGUAAUCUGGUAGAUUAUUCAACAGAGUUACGUAUGUGGAAAAGCAAACCUGAUGUAGAAGAAGCUAUAAAACUUCUUUACAAAAUUACAGAAUUUUCAUGCCAAAAUGAAAUUGAGGAAUUUGAAUUUUUACACAUACAAAAUACUGGAAAAGUAGGUUUGAAGUGUGAUAAAUUGAAAACGAUGAAAUUGUCAUCAUUAUGUCUGUUUGAAAUCCAAUUAUUUACUUAUUUUCUAAAUCAGGGCAACAUAGCUCUGUUACUUGAUGGAUUUGAUGAAAUCAGUCCAUUAUACGAAGAUCAGGUGAUCAAAUUAAUAGAUGUUUUGAAAUGUCACAUAAGAAAGAUAUGGAUGACUACUCGCCCUCUUGAAGCUCUAACAAAAGCAGCUCAGUUUGGUACAUUUCCAUACCAGUUGGACCCAUUUACUCAUGUUGACCAGAGAAGUUUCUUGGAGAAGUAUUGGAAGAAGGAAUUGAAACUAGUUGAACUGAAUGAACAAUGCUCCAAAGCAUAUAUUAAUGAACUGCUAAGAAUAUUUUCCAACUGUACAAGUGACUUUCAGGAAAGUUUUGGCGGCUUUCCAUUGCAAAUGUACAUGAUUGCAAACAUUUCCUCAAAGUCAUUCGAAAAAUUCCAUGAUUCAGGAAAUCGGGAACUCACUGAAAAAGACAAAAAAGAACUCCAAAUAAAGUUGAAUUUAAACUCGCUAUAUAAAGACUUUAUUAAAAAAAUAUAUGACAAAGAGCAGAGAAAAGAAAAUCAUGAUUAUGAUAAAAAUAAGAACAUGGUAGGGAGCAAUAAAAGAUAUGAAAAAGAAUAUCAGGAAUUUUUAAACGUGCAUACAAAGUUGGCUGUUUGGACAACAUUAGAAAUAGCUCGUGAAGAAAUAAGACCUUUAAUAGACCAAUUAGUUCAAAAAGAUAUCAGAAGCGGUAUAUGUGUGAUUGAGAACAACAAACCAAAUUUCAUUCAUCUUACCUUUGCUGAAUAUUUUACCGCUGAUUACAUAUGGGAGGAGUUCAAAACAGUCAACUCGGCAAACAUUGAAGGAUUUAUUAAUAGCUUUCUAAUUGAAAAACUUGUGAAGGAAGCUAAACAACAAAUUUGCGCAUUUUUAAGUUCUAAAGUACAAAAGGAUUUAGAAAGUGAUCUACGUGAAAAUAUUAUUGAUCCCGAGAAAAAACUUGAAACUCUGAUGAAAGUAAUGCUUUCCCAAAACGCAGAAGUUGAAUUGUUUGCUUCUAAACACUCAUUUUCAUAUAAUUCUAGAUGCUCAUUCUCAUUAUUACUAAGCAUAAUAGAAACUAUGUUGAAGAAUAAUUAUGAAGUCGAAAUCACUAAUAUUACUGGAAAUUUUGAGGAUGCUUAUCAGCAUAAAUUACUUCUCAUAUGUGCAAAAGCAGGGUACGAAGAACUAGCAAAAGCACUGACUGCAAAGAAAAAAAUGGACAAGGAAUUCUUACUGAAUUUUUUGAAGGAUGGUGGCUGGAGUCAUAAUUGUCUAAUAAUAGCCAUUGAGAAUGACCACUUGAACAUUGCAAAUCUUUUCACUGAAAUGCAUGAUGAGAGCAUAAUUAAAAAUACACUACAACAUUUCAUUAACACUAUUCUGUAUAAGAGCAGUAUUAAAUUUUUGGAAUAUUUGUGGGAGAACAACAUAUUUGAAGUUGACAAACCUUACACCAUCAAUAAUGAACAGAAGCUGUUGUUAUUCGAAGUCUUUAAGAUUUACUUUACUUCAGAUAAGAAAGCCUUCAAGCGUCGUUUUGUUCCAUAUAUGUUUGACACAUUUAAGCAUACUUCAGAUAAGUUGACAUUUUUGAUUGAUAAAACGGAUAUUGGCGUAAUUGAUAAAUAUAUAGAUUCUCAUGGAUGGGACAAGGUUAUUGGUCAGCUGAGCUUGCAUUUGCCUGAAUAUGAUGAAGAAGUAAUCAAGCAUGCUAUGAAAAAAGGUAUUAAUUUUUCUAAUGCAGUGAAUAUCAUUUUGUAUGAAUGCAUCACAUUCCCUAUCAAUUACUCUUCCCCUAAGCAUGUUAAACACUGUUUGAAAAUGAUUAAACUAUUGUUUGAAAGUGGAGCAAGUUAUAAUUGUAAAAAUAUUGACAUCAAUACUCUUGCAGAAUAUAUAUCCUCCUCGGAAGAUAGGGAAUUGGAUCUUAAUAAUUUUUUAUAUGACAGAAAAUGUAAGUUAACAACAUUACAAUAUAGCAAACAAAUAUACCUCACCUACAAGAUAUUAAACAUAAUGAUAAAUUUGCUUGAUGAGAAGAAAUGUGAAAUGUACUGCUCUAUAAACAAAAUAUUCAAACUGAUCAUUAUUACCUAUAGAAAAUGUGACCAGAUAUGUUUCAAAGUCGAUUCUAAAUAUUGUUUGAUACCUUGCUAUAGACUUGAAUCACCUGAAGUAUCUCCAAUGAAAACUGGGAAGGAAAUACGUCUUUCCUCCUUCGGAUCUACCAUCGAGCUUUCCUGUGAACUUGUACAACAAAUAACUUAUCGUGACAUUCCUAAAAUCGGAGAAACCCUGGUAAAACUGCAUUCUUUAAUAAAUGAAUUCAGAGAUAUAAUUCCUCAUUAUUUCAACACUCCUGAUUAUCUCAACACUGAUCUCAUUGUGAUGAACCAAAUUAAAAGCUUAUACUCAAAACUUAGCUGGUUGCAAGAAUAUUUACUGAAGGAGGUAGUGAUGCUUUCAAAGAGGAAUGACUAUUGUAUUGAUAGUGCGUUCAAGAAGAUAUCAGAAGAUGUACAUGCAUUUGUAAAAUUCCUCAAAAGAAUAAAGCAAGUAAAGCAAAGAUCACAUGAUUAUACACUUUCACUCACGGCUGACGACAUACUAUCGAUAUGGGAAUCAGGAAGUGAAACCACAGAUAAUGAUGCACUACAAAAUGUUACUUCGGAAAUGAAUGAAUGUGGUGACAUUCCUGUGAUAUGUAAUGCGUUGACUACUUUAUUGGACAAUGUCAUAGAUAAUAGUAGAAUCCCAAAAAACAUGUCAAAUGUUGAAAACGAGUCAAAAUGCUUUCAUGAACUCUUAAGAAAUCUCGACACAUCAUAUCAUGAUCUUACCAACGCUAUAAUCACUGCGAAUCAUGAAGAAAUAAAAACCAUAAUGGAAAGAGAUCCAACUUAUAAAAAAUCAAUUAUUAAUGGUCAAGAUGAAAAAUUUGGCUCACCUUUACACUAUGUUGUUUGUAAAGGAGAUGUAGAAACUGCUAAUCUUCUUCUGUCUAAUGGAGCAAAUCCCAAUCUCAGAUUAAAUGAAACUGAUAUACCUGAACGGCUAUCAACUUUUGAAAAUUUAGAAGAAAUGCGAGGUAGUGAAGAUUGGCAAGUGGAUUACUACAGUUGGACACCAUUACAUUUGGCUGCCUUGAACGGCUGCAAUGAAAUAGUUCGACUUUUAAUAGAUGUAGGAGCCAGGAUCAAUGUACAAGUACAGAAAGGAGACACGCCGCUUCAUUUAUCAAGCAUGCGAAAUCAUUUUCAAAUAGUCCAAUUACUUUUACAAAAUGGAGCAUGCCAUGAUGUAAAAAAUUCUCAAAACAAGACACCUUUACAAUUGGCCCAGCCUGCAACCGAUGUAGCAAAACUACUUCUAUGCAUUAAACAGUUAUUUGAGCAUGUUGAACAACGCAGAAAUUAUUUAACGCUUAUUUUGUUAGAAGAAAACGAUUUGGAUUCACUAAAAGCCAUUUUGCAUGCCAAAAAUUCUGACAAUUAUACACUUUUAAAUAUAGCUCAAGCUAAUGAGCAUGAAGAAAUGGUGAAUUUACUUCAUUCGUUUAUGUAAUUCUUAUAAACUUGCCUCCAUGAUCAAUAGCUCGACCAAAUUAUGCAUCUUCUGCCACUUUAAAUAAAACAUCAAAUCAAUUUCCAAUGAGUGAAAGUCAAACAGGUCAUAGAACUCGCGAAUGAGCGCGAGCCCCGUGAAACGUACAAAAUUUGUAAUUCAACGUAUACCAUAUUGCUUCAACCGGGAUUUAUAAAAUGAAAAUAUUUCCGCGCCAAGUGUACAAAAAACAUUCCGGAGACUGUUUAAUUUUCAAUUCGCAGGAAUUCUUUUUAGCCUGAACAAUAACAAUCAAAGCUUUACGAGUUCAUCGUAAAUGACGUAUGUAUUUGAAAUUCUGGCGACUUGGGCAAUUUGUUAUACCACCUCCUACCGGGUUUGAUACACUAAAAGCCCCCGAAGAGUAAAGAUCUAUUAAGUGAAAUAAACUUUUAAGCCGGAUACCAAGCAUGAAAAGAAAUUUAAUUUGGUACGUUUUUGUAAUUACAUAUAGUUAUUUAUCAGAAAUAUUUAAAUCCUAUACAAAAAUGCUAUACUUUUCUUCCAUUUAUACAAGCCUUAUAUUGUAUUUGGUGUGCGAGUAGGUGUAUCUCGUACAAGAUUUCGCCAUAAUAUGCCACACAGUUUCUUUCUUCUUCUUCUAAAAUAUAGGUACCUACACUGUGUUAUCUAUACAAUCCAUUAUCGCAAAAAUAGUCGAAAAAAAUAAGCUAAAGAAAGACAUUUAAGUAAGGAAAAGAUGUUUUUUUUUGCUUUUACAUUUUACUUCAACUUUUAGUGCCUAUUUUCCAAAUUAUGAGUUCGUAAAUUUCGUUAAUUUGGUAUCUUGAUAUGUGCAUUGUAACGAAUAUGUGUUGUAGGUACCUAUAAGUGUAAUUAGAUAAGUAUGGUUUAGUAUUUAGCUAGUACGUAGACCUAAUAAGUAUUUUAUCCGAUAAAAUUAUUCUAAAAAAUUUCAAUAUCUAUGAUUUAAAACUGAUUUAUUUGUAGGUCAAUAGGUAUACGAUACGCAAUUAUAUUUUAAUUAAAGGUACAUUAAAUUAUCAAAACAA